AGCGAGCUAAGAGAUUGCAAAAAGUGGAGGUUCAAAUUAUAAACAAUACUAUAUGCACCACAUGGUAUUCGGAAGUUUAUCAUGGAUUUGGAGACAUCUACGAUUAUCAGAUAUGUGCUGGAUACAAAGAAGGAGGAAAAGAUGCAUGCCAAGGUGACAGUGGUGGACCUUUAGUGACCAAAGUUGGUGACCAUUUUACUCUUGUUGGUAUUGUAUCUGCUGGUGUUGGAUGUGCUAGAAAACAUUUGCCUGGUAUUUAUUCAAGAGUCACGGUAUUUUUACCAUGGAUACAGAAAAUUACUGGAGCUUAAGAGAUAAGAAUGUGUAUUGUUCUUUGCAAAUUAUUCAAUGAGCGAGCACAAUCGAGUAAUUGAAUAGUAACAAAUGGUGCUAGACUAUACAUUAUUCGUAUCCAUGAUUUUUCUUUUUGUAGAAUUACGCUAAAACCAAAGAUAUCUGCUGCAAACUAGCAGAAAACCAGUAUUGCCUGAAGAAAUUAGUUCCAGCCACACCAAAUCGCAGAGGUCAGUUUAUGAAUUAAAAUUAAGUUGUUACGUUUGUAGAGACUCUAGCCAUUCAAGUAGGAAGGUUAGUAUUCUUUCAACUGAACCACAUAAAUUAGAGGUUUUGAUUUCUUGUUAAGACUUAAUGUUCAGAGCUAAUUCGCAUAGACAUUGUAUAUAAAUUACUUGUAUAUAUUAUUGGACAUUUGUUUGAAGUUUUUAUUUGUUCUUUAUAUUAUGUAUUUCCAAUGCUAUACCCCGUUAUAAUGCGCAAAUUUUGCAAGAUUUUUCACGAAAUUAGAAGUGGGUAUAAGAAGUCAGAACUAAUAAAAUGUUCCUAAUGUUAGACUUUGUAUGUAGUUUUUGAGGCUUUUUUGUAUGUUUGUAAACUCUGUGUAUUCAAGAUUUGUAAUAAAAAAUUAUGUAUGUA